AUGACAGGAGUUGCUGACUUGUACCUCUAUCUCAAGAAACCUCAUUCCAAAGAUCGUUGGUAUCGGCUUUCGUCGCACUUUGUCAACUCCACAGGUCAUACAAAAUUUGCUGUGCUGUCAUGGAAGCGCACGGGGAGCAACCUCCUAUGUGGGAUCCUUCACAACCACCCCGAUAUUACGAUGCAUAACGAAUUGUUCAAUACCAUUGAUAUCUUCACAUACCAUCCAAGCUUCAAGACUAUUCAAAACUGUGAAGCGCUCUGGACUCCUCAAACGAGGGAUUUGGAUCCUGUAGGCUUCCUCAGGUUCGUGUGGUCCGGCAUGCUGGCCGAUGGCGAGACACCAAUAAAGCCUGGAUUCAAGGCGGUUGGUUUCAAAUCUUUUCCUGAGCAUUGGAUUACUCCAAGAAACGAAGACGUCUGGCAACAAGAAAUUCUAGAGGAUCUACGUGUAAAGAAAAUCAUCCUGUGGAGACAAGACGAGCUUGCUGUUUUCAUUUCCAUGAAGAGGGCAGAAAAAACGAAUGCAUACAUGACCCACCAAUACCCCUCAGAUUUGACAAUACAUGUGGACCCAGCAGAAUUCCAACGCUUUUUGAACAAUUACAACAACACAUUUCAGAACAAAUAUCGAUCACCUAUUUCCAAACGGGAUACUUUCAUUAUUGAAUACGAACAGCUGGUUGACCCGAUUGCAUUCGAAGAGAUUGCUCCAAAAUUAUGGAGAUUCCUAGGAGUACAAGAUGAUGCGAAGAUUCAAACAUUGAAAGAGACAGUGAGACAGUCAAAGCCAAACGAAAAUCUCUCUCUUGUUAUCUCGAACUAUGAAGAGCUGGAAUUUUGUUUUCGCCAUUCCAAAGUCAAGCACUUCGUGGAGAAGAAAGAAAAGGGGAAAUUGAUGCAUCCGCCAAAGGUUCUCCCUCUAAAUGACCAUGUCAAAACUGACGAACUUUGUUGGUCCCUAAUUUCUCCGCUGUCAGGUGCUUGGAAAUCAUUACGAGCCGAGAGAUCGAGGCAAUCAGGCGUUUCAAUCCCACCUGACUUGCAAAGCUGGUCUUUGUUGGUCCCUAUUUGUUCCCGCGCCAAGUCGGGUCUCACGAGCGGAGAUAUCGAGACAAUCAAACAGCGUUUCAAUUUCAAUUCAAACCGAUUUCUUGACUUAGCUUUAUCGAGCCAACAUAUUCCAAAUGCGUACAUUGAUAGGGAAAGUUGCUGGCAAAUGCUUGAGAACUUUGCUAAGUCUUUGAAGGCAACAUCAAGUUCAGCAGAGCUGAAACUGACUGAAUGCAUUGUUGGAAUCGAUGAAGACGACAUUCUAUACAGCAAUAAAGCAGCCAAAAUACGUAUUCGGAAGAUGUUCCCGUGCGCGGUACAUUUUGUGAGUAUCAAACCAGCUAUGUACGGGCAUGUGUGCAAAAUCUGGAAUCAUCUCGGGCGCCAAGCAAAACAUGACUACAUAGUACUUCUUGGAGAUGACAUCAGGCUCCUCGAUCAAGGAUGGCAACAACGUAUUGUUCGAAGGUUUUAUGAAGUCUCAGAAAACGAGGAUUUGCCACUUGGAGCUGCUUGUGUUGCAAUGAAAGACUUGGCGUUCCCUGGAUUUCCAACCUUCCCUGUUGUGCAUCGUUGGCAUGUUGGAAAAUUUGGUAGUAUUAUUCCCCAGCAGUUUGCCAAUCAAGGAGGAGAUCCGUACCUGUAUGAACUAUACAGUCGUUAUAAUGCAUCAUCGUUUGAGGUGACGUGUCGUUUGGAAAAUACAAUUGGUGGUGAUGGUGACGCUCGGUACCUGAAGCAUCAAAUCAAUUGGCGAGCGCAUGUCCUUACCGAGAAUCUCAAACACCUAAGAGAAAGUCUUGGAAAUCUCAGGCCAAGAGGAAUAUGCCUUGACGUUGUUGUGCCAUCCUAUAGGACAAAUAACAAUGAGUUCCUCAAACGAAUCUUACUCCUCAGGGCUACUGUCAUGCUGUAUGUAAGAUUCUGGAUUGUUGUUGACAACCCUUUGCCGGAACACAUUGAAUCCGUCAAGAAUUUGGCAAAUGGAAUCAAUGAAACUUCGCUAAAAAAGGAUUGUAACUACUUCGUGAAUGUCAUUCACUAUGCUGAGAAUCGUGGGGCGAGUUACGCACGCAACAUGGGAUAUAAUUUCACUACUGCUGAUUGGGUGCUCUUCCUUGAUGAUGAUGUGAUUCCAGAGCCUAAUAUUCUUGAUGCAUAUGCUGGUGCCAUUAAGCGAUAUCCCGAGGGAAAAGUGUUUGUUGGGUUGACCAAUUUGCCGGAAGCUUGUAAUCUAUGGACCCAAAUGCUUUGCACGUGUAACGUGGGAUACUUUUAUGGUAUUGCAAAGGAAACGGUGAGACCGUCGUGGGGCGUGACCGCAAAUCUCAUGGUUCGUGGCGCUCGAUGUAACCAUACCAUACAAUUCAAGCAGAUUUUCCCCAAGACAGGUGGAGGCGAGGAUAUCGACUUUGUGUAUCAGUACAAGAAAUGGCAUCAUGAUUGGAAAACUCCAAUCACUGUCGGCGUUCCAGAGGCCGUUGUUAGUCAUCCAUGGUGGAAUAGUGGGCAGACGUGCUACAGCCAGAUUAUGGGCUGGGCAUGGGGUGAUUCAAUCUGUAUUACGGAGUGGCCGGAGAAGACGUUCCUGGUUUUUCCAAAUUGGAUAGAACUCAUCGUUUGUCUAUUGCCAAUUAUCUCUGUUUGUAGUGGCCAGUAUGCUGCCGGAAUCCACGCCGCUCUUGGAGUCUUUGUGCUUGAACAUCUUCUAAAGGGAUGGAAGUAUUUUGAUGACGCAAAGAGCGUGUGCGAGGAAACGAGUCUCCGAACUUGCUUGGUGGCUCUGGGUGCAGGGAGCGUACUCUCUUCUCAAGAAGUAACACGAACUAUUGCUCUAAUUCGUCGUCAAUCGUUCUUUUCCUUCUCCAGAAGAGUCGAUUGGUUCGAUGGCAGCAAGCCAAACAUUCAACUUGACAUACAGCUGGGAAGCAUUGUUCGAUUUGGUCUCUUUGUAGCUGUUAUCUGGUCUACUUUCCGUAACAGUUCCAUGUUGUCGGAAACAGAACCAGAUGUCGGUAUUGCGCUUGGUAGACUCGCUCAAAUUGCCUGA